AGAGCUUGAGCCGUGGUCUGCUGUGAUACCUCUCAUUAUUGCUCUGGCUCUACCUGACGCAGCUGAAGCGGUUUGAGGAAACCCGCCACCAGCAUCCCGCACCAUGGAGGCGGCCACAGCACCAAAGCCAUGGACAUUAUAUGCAUUAGGAGGACACGGUUCACUGUUUCCUAUUUUAAUGUUCUUUUUAAACCAAUGUUGUCAGAUACGAGCAGAUGACGGCGGCAUGGAGGAACUUGCCACGGAGAAAGAGGCAGAGGAAAGUCACAGGCAGGACAGCGUGAAUUUACUUACAUUCAUUUUGCUUUUGACACUCACUAUUCUCACAAUAUGGCUCUUCAAACACAGAAGAGUGCGCUUCCUGCACGAAACAGGACUGGCUAUGAUAUACGGUCUGUUGGUGGGUGUUAUUUUGCGGUAUGGCAUCCCCUCCACCAGUUACCAUAAUAAAACCCCUCCGAGUUGCACCCUGCAGGAGAGGCCUGUCAGCACGGUGCUCCUCAAUGUUAGCGGAAAGUUCUUUGAGUACACACUCAAGGGGGAGAUCAACCUUAAAGAAAUCCACAGUGUGGAGCAGAAUGACAUGUUGCGCAAGGUGACCUUUGACCCAGAGGUGUUCUUCAACAUUCUGCUACCUCCCAUCAUAUUCCACGCUGGAUACAGCCUCAAAAAGAGACACUUCUUCAGAAACCUAGGAUCCAUCAUAACUUACGCGUUCCUGGGCACGGCCAUUUCCUGUUUUGUCAUUGGAAACCUCAUGUACGGCGUGGUGAAACUGAUGCAGGUUUUGGGUCAACUCACUGAGAAGUUCUACUACACAGACUGCCUCUUCUUUGGUGCCCUGAUAUCUGCCACAGAUCCAGUCACAGUGCUUGCGAUCUUUAAUGAGCUUCAUGCUGAUGGGGAUCUCUAUGCACUGCUGUUUGGAGAGAGUGUCAUGAACGAUGCAGUCGCCAUAGUCCUUUCAUCGUCAAUUGUGGCAUAUCAGCCUUCAGGAGCCAACACACACACAUUUGAUGCCUCUGCCUUCUUCAAAUCGGUGGGCAUCUUCUUGGGCAUCUUCAGUGGCUCUUUCGCUAUGGGUGCAGUCACUGGAGUGGUCACUGCCCUCGUGACAAAAUUCACCAAGCUGCACUGUUUCCCUCUGCUGGAGACUGCUCUGUUCUUCCUCAUGUCUUGGAGUACUUUUCUACUGGCUGAAGCUUGUGGAUUCACAGGUGUUGUCGCUGUGCUGUUUUGUGGAAUCACACAGGCCCAUUAUACCUACAACAAUCUCUCUGAGGAAUCCACCAAACGCACUAAACAGUUGUUUGAGGUGCUGCACUUCCUAGCAGAGAACUUCAUCUUCUCAUACAUGGGCCUGGCGCUCUUCACCUUUCAGAAUCACGUCUUCAGUCCCAUUUUCAUACUUGGAGCCUUUAUAGCCAUCUUUAUCGGCCGGGCCUUGAACAUCUAUCCUUUGUCGUUCCUGAUUAACCUGGGCCGAAGACACAAAAUCAGGGGAAACUUUCAGCACAUGAUGAUGUUUGCAGGGCUGCGAGGGGCAAUGGCAUUCGCUCUGGCUAUCCGUGACACGGCCACAUACGCGCGACAGAUGAUGUUCACAACGACCCUGCUCAUUGUGUUCUUCACAGUUUGGGUGUUUGGAGGAGGCACCACGCCAAUGCUGUCCUGGCUACAUAUCAGAGUUGGAGUGGACCCUGAUCAGGAUCUUCAGCAAUGUGGGGACAGCUUCCAGGUCCUUCAGGGAGAUGGAACCCAGUCCGAAGAACAGAGCAAGACCAAGCAAGAGAGUGCCUGGCUUUUUAGACUUUGGUAUACUUUUGACCACAAUUACCUGAAGCCUAUCCUGACCCAUAGCGGUCCCCCUUUGACCUCCACUCUGCCGGCCUGCUGCGGUCCUCUGGCUCGGUGUCUGACCAGCCCCCAGGCCUAUGAGAACCACGAGCCGCUGCGAGACAAUGACUCAGACCUCAUCCUGAACGAAGGAGACCUGACACUGACCUAUGGAGACGCUCACAUCACAGCCAACGGGGCCUCGUCCUCCUCUGGCCCCGAAGCAUCGGGCGGCAGCUGGGGUGUGAACGGCAAACGCAGCGACAGCACGUCAGAGGAUGCUCUAGAGCGAGAACUGGACACGCGUGAACAUGAGCUCUUGAGCCGUGGCACACGUCUCGUUUUCCCCAUGGAGGACCACGCUUGACCCCGCCUCCCAAACCUUAAACCACGCCUCCCUUCACUCCAUACCUCCACUUUCCUUGCAAAUUGACCCACGACACCUCCAAAGAUCUCAUGCAGGGGGUCCGAACACACAAGGGAACAGAAAGAUGGAGAUCAGGAGGCUUUGUUCUCAAAGAAACGAAGGAGACAUAAUUGAUGCUGUGGCAGACUCUGAUUCCUUGUCUGCCCUUCAAAAUGUGAUUUGCAGGAAAAAAAAAAAAACCUGCAUUUCGGACACUUAUUUUCCUUAUUGCUGUCAUUUGCGAUGAGGUAUUGAUGCCGUACGAUCUCUGCUGCCCUUAACAUUCACAUUCAUACGAUCACUGCCCGCCGCAUAUUAACAUUUUACCUUAGUCAUAAUUUGUUUUCUAUUAGCAAUGCUGCUACAAGCUGGAGAUAUGAUUGAUAAAUAUGACUGAGCUAGUAUUUCUUGUAUGAACAGCCUGUAUUAUGUAAUUUGCAUUCAAAUGCUGGUUUUUGCCAUCAGGCAAAUAAGCGAGCAGCUCAUAAGGUUUGUAAAUAACCAUGGCAGUGGUGUUCGUGAAAGCUCACAAACACAAUGGCAGCAUUGACACGAGUGCAUGCUCAUCUCAUGACUGCAUACGGGAACCUUGUAAUAUGUAACUCUAGCGUGUUGGAGUUUACACUUCUUGCAAGAUCUUGGUUGUACGAAUGCCAAGUUGCCAAGCAGUGCGAUUUAUUUUAUUUUUAAUUUUUUUUAAACAGCUGGAUGUAACAAGAGUGUAUGGGCCAUGCACUUUAGCUGUAGCCCUUGCAUGUUUUGCUUUAUUAUAUUAGCAUAUUAACCAUUGUACACUCUCAGCCAGAAUUUGUGAUGCAGAAUGAUGUAAUUAACCCUCGUUAAUUAGUUAAUUUCAUAUCUGCAUCAAACAUGUCUUUUGCGCCUCCUCACAUUAGAAUGUUCUUGAAGGUGGAUCUUUCCAUCUGUAUGAGUUGCUGCUAUAUAACAGUCAGCGAUUCUUAAAUCAGGAAUAUGGAGUGUUCGGCGUGAUGUUGACCCGGCUGUUUA